GCGCCUCGGCUUUGCGCGCCUCGGCGCGGCGCCCCGCGGGCCACCAUGCUCAGCGUCGUGCACUUCCUCCGGAGCUUCUUCAAGACUCCAGAGCCAGGUGCACACCUGCCAGGUGAAGACAAGAUUGAAGAUAAGCAGCUCCCCACUUUUCCUGCAGAACCAGAGGAACAGGGAUGGAGCCAGGAAACAGACCACAAUGAUUUUGAGACACUGUCCCACCAGAGCGAAAGUCAUUCAGACACAAAAACCGACCCCUUCGAAAGUGCUUCUGACACAGAGUCUCUGCCUGGUGACCUCACAGGGGGGAUCUGCCUUCCUCUAAGUGGUACCUCUGUGGACAGAGAAGGACACGGGGGGUGCCCUGACAUCCCAGCAGCCAGACCUCCUUGCAAACAGCUUUCAACUGGUGUCCCUGGGCUUGACCCAAAGGAGGACCUAGAUUUGUCCCUUGACCUCAAGGAAGAGUCUUACAAAAGUGGGUUUCAAGCCUUUGCUACAGUUGCUGGAGAAGAGAAGACAGCACACCUCCAGGACAAUGGCGUGGCCAGCCUAGAGCUAGAGUCUUUGCUGGCAGGGUCUCCUUACCACACAGAGGGCUGCUCACAGGGUACCACAGGCAGCUAUAGUCUCCAGCCAGCAAAGGUGGUGACUGCACAAGACCUCAGGGGAUUGUCUAUUUUUUCUCUUCAGAAAUCCAGGUCUGAGAGUUGUCUGGGCAUUCCAGUGGUCUGGCCCUUCCUUCUCUGGUGCUGUGAACUGGGCCAGAGCUGGCCACAUAUCCACAACAGGGCCAGGGGCCCAGGGCUGCCUUACAGAGGUCCACUGCACAACACAGCCCCUCUAGGAGCCAGGACAAAGAAGGGGAGUACUCUAGGCCCCGAAGGGAACACAGACUUGCUCUGUGCCCAGCCCUGCUCUGAUGCCCCUUGUCAGCUUCCUUUGGGAACAUCCUGCCUCACAUAUGCCAAGCUUCACCAUAGUGCCCCAGAAAAUGUUAAUGACAAGGACAGGACAUCCCCAGAGCACUGCUCUCAGCACGUGAGGACACUGACUAGGGCCCAUUCCAUAGCUGUGUUUCCCUUAAGGUUCCCUAAGAAUCCUCCAGGACAGAACUUUGUGAAAUUUGGGACUCAUUUGAGGAAAGGGACCGAAGCAGAACAAGAUCCAAGAACACAAAACCCUCUUCACUCUGUUCCCACCCAACUGUCUCCUUUGCCUUCUGCUUCCCAAAGGAGGGCCCCUUACUUGCAGGACCAGUAUAAACCCAGGGCUGCUAGCUGGAAGAGGGCCUUUCAGGACACACCCUGUGAAUAUUGCUGGCUGGAAAACCAGCUGGGACAGGAUUCUAGAUCCUGCCCAGUCUCUUCAUGCCUUACUGCAGAGUCUGUGAGCCUUGACACAGAGGAAGUGCCAGUGCCCACAGAGUGCAAGUCGGAACACAGCCCAGAAAGCCUGCAAGAGGAACCCCAAGGCACUGGCCCUGCACCAAACGAUGCUGAUGUGAGUGACAGACAAAAGCACCUUCAGGACAUUUCUGUUGAGGCAGGAAACCAAACCAGUAAUUACAGAUCAAAGUACAUUCUCAGUGAGAAAAGAAAGCCACCUGCUAGGGCCAAGUUCCCACAUCAUUCUGGCAAUAGCAGGUCACAGGUGAGGAACAGAGACUGGAUGGGUUGCCGCGAAGUGAGUGAUUGUUCAGUCGCUCCAGAGACCACCCUGAAAGCAAGUGCAAAGGAAGUGGUAGGCGUGAUGGUUCUAGACCCCAACUGCACCAAAAGUGCCUUGCAGGAAUUUUCGGAAACCACAGCAUCCGCCGUGUCUCAUUGCAGCGGUGGGGAUGAGUGUGACCAGGGCCUGGAGGGUGCUGCGCAGUCCUCUCCUGAGGGCCUGAAGCUAGAGCCCAAAGUAGACACCUCUAGGGGCAGAUGUACACUCAUCAUUAUAGCUGUUGAGCAGAAAGGUCUGCAGGCCACCAGGAGGAAAGCGGGUGCUCUUCCAGAAACACAGUCUGAAUUUCUGGAGAAAAGACCACCAUCUCCCUGCAGUGUUCGAGCAAGCCCCUGUGACUCUCCCACGGCUGGAAAACCACAAACUUGUGGCAGUGAGUGUAAGCUGCCCACAGCCAGCAGACUGGGAGGUGAUGAUGGGACUCCUUGGCAGGGGGCCCAAGCCGCAGAACUUGCGGUAGUUCUGCUCCCCCAAGCUGCCUCCCAAGAGAGGCCCCUGGGCAAAGAGACUCGUUCCCAGGAGCCCGCCCUGGGCAGGCUGAGCACAGGGGAUGCUGCAGAAACAAACCCGCCUGCGGCAGACACGGCAGAGCAUGCUGCUAGGGAGCCCGGCCCUGGUCCUGAAGACACACGCAGGGCCCAUGGCUUUCGCCGCGCGGGGAGCCGAGGAGCACAGAGCCCCGAGGCCGGCCGAGGAGCAGGGGAAGCGGAGGCGGCGGCGAAGGGCUCUGGCACCCCGUCCUCUGCCAGCACCCAAGCUUUCCCGCCGCCCGGCCUGCUCCGCCGCCCCUGCAAGGCCGCACGGGAGCCUGGGAAGCGCCUGACGUUUCCCAAGGUGACCGCGCUCAGGAAAAGCAGGCCCUCGGUUGCCGAGACCCCGGGAGGGGACGCCUGUGCGCAGGGCCCCGGGCGACUGCAGCCCGCCGGCCCCGUGGCCUGCUGGCAGAACGCUGUCGGCGGGGACGCGCCUCCUAUACACCCAGUGGGCACGGGCGCCUCUCGGAAGGCCAUCCCCCAGGGCGCAGGGGGCGGAGCUGCAGGGCUGAGAGAAGGGGACACUGUGGAGACACCAGGGGACCUGGGUGGCAGAACACUGUCCUCAGAGUGCUAUGAUGCCAAGAGCCUCAAAACUCCAGAGAAAAGGCUCAGGGCAAGGUUGGCCUUAGCUCAAAAGACCUUUGCAAAUUUUUUUGAGUCGAAAGUUUUAGAAAAAGAGAACACUGAUGAGUGUUCUCCAGGUUCUCUCCAGGGCCGGAAGGAGAAGAGCAGGCCGCGGCAGAGUUCCUGGCGUGCUUUUCUGAAAAGCAAAGAUGCCGAAGGCCCCAAAAGACCCACCUCAGUAAGUCUGGUUCCAGGACAGGAAACCUUGAAUUCCCUCAGACCUUCUCCACCAAGGACCGACAGUCACUGUGAGGAGCAGGUAGAAGACAAGGAAAGCUGUGUUUUUGGAGAUCACUGGUCACCUCCACAUUCCCCCACACCUUUGUCACCCAGCAAUUUGGUCUCUCCAGACAACAGGAGAAAAAGUGAGCCAACCAUCAAAUGCACAAGCCCCCAGGAAAGUGGUAGCUACCUAACUUCAGGUAUCUUUCCUGAAAAGUCCUGGCUGAUGUCACCCACCAGGCCUCGUGCCCCGCAGGCUGGGAUCAGCUGCACCCUUCCCUCCAGCUCUGCCUGUUUCUUGGCAUAUGGAAGCCAAGGCAUGCCCUGCAAACCCAUGAGUCCCAAGCCCCGGAGCCCCAGGCCUGGUGUUCAUCGGGCAGAUUUCCACUACCCUGGCAGGAGCAGUGCCAUCUCCAUGGUUUCUCUUGGAAGCUACAUUGAUGUGGAUAACAGCUCAGAGGCUUCUGAAAGGCCCAAGACCCCCAAGGCCCAGGCAAGCCUCCUGCUUUCUCUGCAGACACUAGACCAGGAUGACCAGAAGGAAGAGAGUGGGAAAAGAGGCUGGCAUCACCAUGGCCUGAGCGUAACACCCUCGCUCAGGGAACUUCCUGGAAGUGAGAACCACAUGCGGUGGGAAGAACAAGGCAUGAAGCCCAGUUGCUCCCACAGUCAGAAAGCUUUUCACAUAGAGCCAUUCUCUACCACUGAGAGGGUGGCAUGGACCCUCCCCUCCGUCUCUGCAGAGGAUGUCCCCAGGGAGACUCCUUCACAACCCAGGAGCAUCAUUCGUCGUCACCCACGCAUCAGUUUAGAUGACCUGUGGCUGGAGAAGAUGCAAAGAAGGAGGUUGAAGAAGCAGGUCCAGGUUGAAAGGAAGAUGCACAAGGGGAUAGCACAUAAAGAUGGAAUCCAAUGUUGGAGGAAGAUGACCAUUACCUCUCCAGAGUCUUUGAGUCUCGCUAGAAGAAGCCAUCCAUUCUCCCAGAGUGCCCCAACAGGAUUGAACUGCAUGGGCUGGCCAGAGUACAUACUUGACACUGCUUCUCUUUGCCAGCUGGUGUCUCUCCUUCCAGCUAUCCCUGAUGGAGUUCUGGACACAGCCAUCCGUGCUGAUGAGGCGGGAAGUGAGGAGGACCUGUAUGAGGACAUGCACAGCUCCAGCCACCACUACAGCCACCCUGGAGGGGGUGGUGAGCAGCUAGCCAUCAAUGAGCUCAUCAGUGAUGGCAGUGUGGUCUGUGCUGAAGCACUCUGGGACCAUGUCACCAUGGAUGACCAGGAACUGGGCUUCAAAGCUGGGGAUGUCAUCGAAGUAAUGGAUGCCACCAACAGAGAGUGGUGGUGGGGUCGUGUUGCUGACGGCGAGGGCUGGUUUCCAGCCAGCUUUGUGCGGCUGCGGGUGAACCAGGACGAGCCCGCCGACGACGAGGCCUUGCGGACCGGGGACGGCGGAGCCGCGGAUGGAGGGGCCGAGGCGCAGAGCAGCAAGGACCAGAUGCGGACCAACGUCAUCAACGAGAUCCUCAGCACCGAGCGGGACUACAUCAAGCACCUGCGCGACAUCUGCGAGGGCUACAUCAGGCAGUGUCGCAAGCGCGCCGACAUGUUCAGCGAGGAGCAGCUGCGCACCAUCUUCGGGAACAUCGAGGACAUCUACCGGUGCCAGAAGGCGUUUGUGAAGGCGCUGGAGCAGAGGUUCAAUAGGGAGCGCCCCCACCUGAGUGAGCUGGGCGCCUGCUUCCUGGAGCACCAAGCGGAUUUCCAGAUCUACUCAGAGUACUGCAACAACCACCCCAACGCCUGUGUGGAGCUGUCCCGGCUCGCCAAGCUCAGCAAGUACGUGUACUUCUUUGAGGCCUGCCGGCUGCUACAGAAGAUGAUCGACAUCUCACUGGACGGCUUCCUGCUGACCCCCGUGCAGAAGAUCUGCAAGUAUCCUCUGCAGCUGGCCGAGCUGCUCAAGUACACACACCCCCAGCACAGGGAUUUCAAGGACGUGGAAGCAGCCCUACAUGCCAUGAAGAACGUGGCCCAGCUCAUCAACGAACGGAAACGGAGGCUUGAAAACAUUGACAAGAUUGCUCAGUGGCAGAGCUCCAUAGAGGACUGGGAGGGGGAAGAUCUCCUGGUCAGGAGCUCAGAACUCAUCUACUCUGGGGAGCUGACUCGUGUUACACAGCCACAAGCCAAGAGCCAGCAGAGGAUGUUUUUUCUCUUUGACCAUCAACUCAUCUACUGCAAGAAGGACCUUCUCCGCCGGGAUGUGCUGUACUAUAAGGGCCGAGUGGAUAUGGAUGGACUGGAGGUGGUGGAUCUGGAGGAUGGAAAAGACAGAGAUCUCCACGUGAGUGUCAAGAAUGCUUUCCGGCUGCUCUGCGGCACCACAGGAGAGAGUCACCUGCUGUGUGCCAGGAAGCCUGAGCAGAAGCAGCGCUGGCUCAAGGCCUUUGCCAGGGAGAGGGAGCAGGUGCGGCUGGACCAGGAGACAGGCUUCUCCAUCACCGAGCUGCAGAGAAAGCAGGCCAUGCUGAAUGCCAGCAAGCAGCAGGCCACUGGGAAGCCCAAAGCCCUCAGCCGGCCCUACUACCUGGCACGCCAGAAGCACCCAGCACUGCCCGCCAGCCUGCCCCAGCAACAGGUCUUGGUACUGGCAGAGCCCAAGCGGAAGCCGUCCACCUUCUGGCACAGCAUUAGCCGGCUGACACCCUUCCGCAAGUGAACCAGCUCCCCAUCCGACAGCACUGUCUGGACCUGCCCUGCCAGUGGGCCUCCAGCUUUUUCUCCCCGAGGCUCACCGCAUGUGGCCUCCUCUGCUGGUCACGCACACUGAAAGUUACGGACUGAGCGAGGGAGCUGCUCGGCGCCCCAUUCGCGGAUUCCUCCCCACUACUGGUGCACUUAAGACACCAGCUGGAGGGGCAGGGGCCCACAGCGGUGAGCCUCCUGCCACCCUCUGGAUCUCUAUGGGGCCUCCUGGGAGCCACCGGCCAGGCCAGUGUGUAGAAGACUGGCCGCUCUGAACCCUCUUCUCUGGACAUCUGAUCAUCCCUCCUCCUGUUUCCUCUGGGCAGGGGACCAUCUGCCUUUAGCCCCUGCAAAGUUGGGCUCUGUGUCCCUCUGCCCUCCAAUUGUCCCUCAGGCUCCCAGUCCCCAGCUGGUGGUGCCAGGCAACUUGCAUCCCUGGAGGUUGGGAACCAGAAUUCUCUGCACAAAAAUGUCUGGCCCAGAGCCAACUCAUUUUUGCCUCCCAGCCCCUCUAGGCACUCCUGGCUGCUGGACACCCUUCCUCACUCGUGAUGUGUUUGUUUAUAGUGGAAAAGAAAACAAAACCAUAGUCACUGAAUACUUCCGACAGGGUCUGUGACCAGCCCACAUGCAGUUGUGGGUUGACUCCAGAACCUGGUCCCGGUUUUUUUGUUUGGAUUGUGCUGUUUUUCUAACAAUGGGGAAAAAGAAUUGUUAUCAGUGACACAGAAAGAUUGCCUUACCCUAAGUGAGCGUGAGAAGCCAUAAGGACUGAAUUCUGUGGCCCAGCAUCAAGGACUGACCCACCAACCCAGAGGCCGGUGGACAUGUGAGUUAGAGGGAAGCCCACGUCCCACUGAGAAGGGUUCCCCAUGAGUAGAGCCGGGACCUGGCUUGUGGGUGUGGAACACUGAGCUGCCCCUCUGGCCCACGGGAAUUCAGCAGCAUGUACAGUCAGUCACUCUUGCACUACACCUUCUCCAAGCCAGAAACCACAUUUAAUUUCAUAAAGAAACUUACGAAAA